CGGAGCUUGCAGGAGGCGAGGAAGUUGCGGUAGAACUGUAAGAGAAUUACGGAGCGCCAUUAAGGACAAGUUUGGCCACGUGAUUCUCAUGGGCGUUUCUUGGAGCGAACGUGAGGAAGAAGUCUAAGAAGGGAAAGUUUGAUUGGACUAAUUGGAGAGGUAAGGUUGAAGUUUUAGGAAAUUGGAAACUGGAGAAGCUAAAGGUUAUGGCUGAUGAGGAAGGGCCAGCGGAACAAAGGUGCAAAACUGGUCUUGAUUCUUGCUUGACAAGCGGCGCCCCACCUGAUAUCCAAGCCCACAAAAUGAGCUGCUCCCAACCUGAGAUACUUGAGGAACUGAGUCACAGAAAGACUAAGUAAUUUACUCAAGACCAUAAAACUGGGCAGCCAGCUGCCAUGUCUUAAGGUACUCUUCCGAGAGGCCCACACAGAACUGAGGGAGGCUCUGGCCAACAGCCAAUGAGGAACUCAAUCCUGCCAGCUGGAUGAACAGAGAGAAAGUUAAUUCUCCCAAGUUGAGCAGUCAGAUGACCAUAAUCUCAAUCGACAGCCCUACUACAGAGCUAGUGUUGAUCAUGGACUUGCCAGAUUGGUGACAGCGUAUUGUGAGCAUGGUCAUAAAGCUGCCAAAAUCAACCCUCUCUUCGCUGGCCAAGCCCUGCAGGAAGAUGUGCCCGAAAUCCAAGCGCUUGUGCUCACCCUGCAAGGACCCUUUAAUACCGCAGGAUUAUUGAACAUGGGGAAGGAUGAGGUCUCGCUUGAGGAAGUAUUAGCCUAUCUCAACCAAAUCUACUGUGGGCAGAUUUCUAUCGAAACCUCUCAACUUCAGAGCCAGGAGGAGAAAGAUUGGUUUGCCAAGCGGUUUGAGGAACUGAAAAAGGAGACGUUUACCACAGAAGAGAGAAAACAUCUGUCCAAAUUAAUGCUAGAAUCUCAGGAGUUUGACCACUUUUUGGCCACCAAGUUUGCCACAGUGAAGCGAUACGGAGGCGAAGGAGCUGAAAGCAUGAUGGGCUUUUUCCAUGAGUUGCUGAAAAUGUCAGCCUACAGUGGGAUCACCGAUGUCAUCAUUGGGAUGCCCCAUAGAGGGAGACUUAAUUUACUGACAGGCCUUCUGCAGUUUCCUCCAGAGCUGAUGUUUCGAAAAAUGCGAGGUUUAAGUGAAUUUCCGGAAAAUGUCCCAGCCAUUGGAGAUGUCCUGUCUCACCUGACAUCCUCGGUUGACCUGGACUUUGGUGCGCACCAUCCCCUGCACGUGACAAUGCUGCCUAACCCCUCACACCUGGAAGCCAUUAACCCCGUGGCUGUCGGGAAGACCCGGGGCAGGCAGCAGUCUAGACAGGAUGGGGACUACUCUCGAGACAGCUCGGCUCAGCCUGGAGACAGAGUCAUUUGCUUACAGGUUCACGGUGAUGCUUCUUUCUGCGGUCAAGGGAUUGUUCCCGAAACAUUUACGCUCUCUAAUCUCCCACAUUUCAGAAUUGGUGGGAGCGUCCAUUUGAUUGUCAAUAACCAGCUGGGUUACACCACACCGGCAGAGAGAGGAAGGUCUUCCUUGUACUGCAGUGAUAUCGGGAAGCUUGUGGGCUGUGCCAUCAUCCACGUCAAUGGAGACAGCCCAGAGGAAGUGGUCCGUGCCACACGACUGGCUUUUGAAUACCAGCGCCAGUUCCGGAAGGAUGUGAUUAUUGAUUUGUUAUGCUACAGGCAGUGGGGCCACAAUGAGCUGGAUGAGCCCUUCUUCACCAACCCAGUGAUGUACAAAAUCAUCAGAGCCCGAAAAAGCAUUCCAGACACGUAUGCAGAACACCUUAUUGCCCAUGGACUCAUGACCCAGGAGGAAGUGUCAGAAAUCAAAACCUCCUACUACGCCAAGUUAAAUAACCAUUUGACUAACAUGGCCCAUUACAGCCCCCCUGCCACUCACCUGCAGGCCCACUGGCAGGGCCUGGUCCAGCCAGAAGCUCACAUUUCCACUUGGAACACAGGUGUGCCCCUAGACCUCCUGAGGUUUAUUGGUGGGAAGUCUGUGGCGGUGCCAGAGGAACUCCAGAUGCACGGCCACCUCCUGAAGAUGUACGUACAGUCCAGACUGGAGAAGGUGAUGGAUGGAACCCAGUUAGACUGGGCCACGGCAGAAGCUCUCGCCUUGGGCUCAUUACUCGUUCAAGGUUUUAAUGUCCGUCUGAGUGGUCAAGAUGUUGGCCGUGGAACUUUUAGCCAAAGGCAUGCAAUGGUUGUUUGCCAGGAGACUGAUGAUACCUACAUCCCUCUAAACCACAUGGAUCCUGAUCAGAAGGGAUUUCUGGAGGUCAGCAACAGCCCGCUGUCAGAAGAGGCCGUCCUGGGAUUCGAGUAUGGGAUGAGCAUUGAGAGCCCCAAGCUACUUCCCCUCUGGGAGGCUCAGUUUGGUGAUUUCUUCAAUGGCGCCCAGAUCAUCUUCGACACCUUCAUCUCUGGAGGAGAGGCCAAGUGGCUCCUCCAGAGCGGCAUUGUCAUUCUCCUCCCCCACGGCUAUGACGGGGCCGGACCCGACCACUCAUCUUGUCGCAUAGAGCGUUUCUUACAGAUGUGUGACAGCGCAGAGGAGGGAGUGGAUGGGGACACAGUGAACAUGGUCGUGGUACACCCCACGACUCCUGCACAGUAUUUCCACCUGCUCAGGAGGCAGAUGGUCCGGAACUUCAGAAAACCCCUCAUCGUUGCUUCUCCGAAGAUGUUGCUCAGGUUCCCUGCAGCUGUGUCAAGUCUUCAGGAAAUGGCACCAGGAACAACAUUCAAACCCGUCAUCGGUGAUUCAUCUGUGGAUCCAAAAAACGUUAAGAGCCUCGUGUUCUGCUGUGGCAAACACUUCUACGCCCUGCUGAAGCAGAGAGAAUCUUUGGAAGCUAGGAAGUAUGAGUUUGCCAUCAUCCGCAUAGAGGAGCUCUGCCCUUUCCCGCUGGACUCAUUACAACAGGAGAUGAGCAAGUACCAGCACGUUAAAGAUUUUAUUUGGAGUCAGGAAGAACCUCAGAACAUGGGUCCAUGGUGUUUCGUUUCUCCAAGGUUUGAAAAGCAACUGGCCUGCAAGCUCCGCCUUGUGAGCCGACCCCCUUUGCCAGCACCCGCUGUAGGAAUUGGCACCAUUCACCAGCAGCAGCAUGAAGAUGUCCUCACCAAGACCUUUGCUUGAUGAUGUUUUUUGAAGACAUACAACUUCCUAUUAAGAAAAGUGCCGUAAAAAAUAAAAGGCAUCUACUCUCUUCUUCCAUUAAGUAACAUGAGAAGCUAAGAUGUUGAGACCGUUGAGGACAGUUUAAUCUGGAAUGUGUGGAAUAGCCUUGGGAAUCAAUACAUGAAUCCAGCAAGUAAUUUUUAUCCUUAGAAGUACAGUUGUGUUAUAUUUUGGUUAGAGCUGAGUGAGUUAUAGAGCUAGGUUGUUAUCCAAAUUUUUUCAGACUCCACUCUCAUCAAUUGUACAUGCACAGGAAAGUUCUUUAGGCUGACUUCAUAGCUACAUGUAGAUUACAUCAUCAUUACCUCUCCGUUUGUUUGAUGGAUGCUACUUUCAUUAAUUUCCUCUUCAUUAUUCAAAGUCCAGUAUUUAAUUU